UAAAUAAACCUCGCCCACACACGAAACGGAGACACGUCCACCUUCACAGAGAGACCUCGUCGUCAAAAUGCUCUCGAGAGAGUUUUUCAAAUAAGUUUUGUGUGUCGGCAACUUAGUCUUAUCCUAAAGAAAUAAACGCGCAGUCCGGUGAAGACGCUAAUGGCUGCAGAAAGCGAGCGUGAUGAUCCUUUCCAACAGAUCCUGCUUCAGAUCGGUGGAAAAAGUAACAUUCAUUUAAUCAGCGCCGUGAGAGGACCUGAUGGAGACACCGGCGUGUUACAAGACUUCAUCGCUGAUAUGUUUAAUAACGGGAGGCGCGAGGAAACCAGCGGCUGUACUGGCAACAGCAACGGCGAAAUCAAAAUCCAAACUAACGUGUCCAGCCCUGACCAAUCACACACAGAUCGAUCAGAACAGAGUUCACCCGAUCACCGCAAGAGCGAGAAACCAGAUCCGCUCGAGAACAAAACCGUGAGCUCAAGCCGGUUCAUCGGCGCCAAACAGAGAGCCAUUAAGUGCUCCGUGAUCAUAUUCCUCUUCAAACACGAUUAUGUGUGUCAUAAGGAGAACCACGUGUGUCUGAGGGAGAUUCUGAAGGACGUGAGGGCUCGGGUAAAGAGAAACGCGCUCCGUCCUGCGCUGCUGGGACUCGUUCACACCGACGGCGAUGCGUCAGAGAGUCGCGAUUCGGUGGAGUCCCUGGAUCGAUCACUGCGAGCGGUGUUCAUUAACCACCCCCCGCAGGCCAUAUGGACCGGGCGUUACGUCACAAAGUCCCCGGAUGUGUUGCAGGAGAUCAGGUGGAACACCUGCAGGGCUGUGAAGUGCUCGAUGUCCGCAGAUAGCGCCGUUGGCGGUAAAAGCAGUUUGUUUUGGCCGCUGAAGUGUUUCCCGGGAGUUUUCAGAAAGACACACAGAGGACAAGCUGACGUAAACACCAAUAGUUGGCAGCAGGCCAAUCCAAAUGCAGCCGAGGAAGGAAUUCCACUGCAGACGCGGCACACAACAGACUGACGCCAUGCCGGCUCUGCAAAUAGACCAAAAUGGAUGAAGAACAAGCCUCGAACCGUGUGCCUGUGCGCUACACAGGUCAUAUACUCUUGCACUAUGACGUACCAGUCAGGAAGAUCUGGAGAAGUGAGAAAUGAAGGCGAUGAAAGGCUGCUAGAGCAUUAUACGUGAUGCAAUUUUUUUUGUUAUCUCAGAAGGAUAUAUCACUACUAUCACAGUAACGUACAGAGUUUAUUAGUAUUAAAUAAUCUAAUGUGACAAUUCCUGAACACUGUGAAUGACUACUGUAUCAACUGUUGUUUUUAAAUUAAAGAAACAUGUUGUUGCAUUGA